GAGCGCCAGGCUGACAGAGCGUGGAACUUGGCGUUGUGACGAGCGGAGAUGCUGAGCCGGCUUCAGGAGCUGCGCAAAGAGGAGGAGACGUUGCUGCGACUGAAGGCGGCCCUGCACGACCAGCUGAACCGCCUCAAGGUUGAAGAAUUGGCCCUCCAAUCAAUAAUCAGUUCUAGAAAAGGGGAUGAGAUGCUGUCUUCUCAGCCUGGUAUACCAGAACAGUCACAUGAUAUGUUGAUGCAUGUAGAUAAUGAAGCAUCGAUCAAUCAAACUGCACUAGAAUUGAGCACAAAGAGCCAUGUGAUGGAAGAAGAGGAAGAGGAAGAAGAAGAAUCAGAUUCCUAAAGGAGGAUGAGACCCAGGAUUUGUUCUAAAAAUUAUAUUUCUAAGCCUCAGACACUUCUUCAGAGAAGUCCUAUGGCCUACUUGAAAGGAAAGCAAGAAUCAUAGGAGGAAUGUGUCAUUGUACAAGUGGCUUCAUCAGUAAUAACUCAAGUUCCAGAAUGUUUUAGGAAAAGUAAAACAUAGUAACAAAAUCAAAGAUAUAAUGUCUUAAAGUUGAGCAGUUUGGAUGGUGCAGUGUUAUGACAGGAUUAGAUUUAGUAAUUAUGUUCAAAACAAAAUUUCCUCUGAAAUCCUACUUGAGAAAGUCUGGAAUUUGCAAAAGGCAGAGUUUAAACACAAAUUAGGCUUUCCAGUCAACAGGUCUUUCAGGAAACCCAGUUAAGAGCUGUUUAUGUGCGAUUGAACCCUUAUGAACAGUUAGGUCACAGUCUAGGAGAGAAAGCUAACAAGACGAAGGACGGGGCACUUGAGAGCACAAGCUGCUGCCAAGUUUCAGAGACAUGGAAACACUGCCCACCUUAGACUCCUUUGUGUGGCUGUUACCACAUCUAGCUUGAAACAUCAUUGAUAAAAGAUUCAGAAUUAAUUAUAAAUAACCAUCAUAGAGCUUGCUGGUUUCCAGAUUCAGAAGGAGAAAGCAGCAUUUCCUCCUCUGAGGGAAAUGGCAAGAUGGCAUAAAAUAAGAUCCAUUUCUGGCCCUUAAAGAAGAAAUGUGUCAUUAAAGAAGAUAUUACUAUGCUUGGGAGAUUGGACUUUUAUAAUAAAAGAGAUGACAACUGUA